UCUAACUCGUGAUUUUGAAGUCUGCAUAGCUCCGUCAUAUCGUGUGUUCUAAAUGAACUUUUAUUAUCGGGGUCGUCGGGACUUGAACACGUACCCUCAUGAUUUAAUAAGCUCCCAUUACCCUAUCAUGAAUCAUUUGGUCUCAAUAACUCAAAACUUGUUAAGAGAGAUCCAUAUAUGAAUCUUGAUCACUUCCUUACACCGUAGACUAGCUUUUAUGUGCUGUAUCUCUCCUUAAUUAGUCUAUCAUAACUCUACAAUACCGAAGAUAGCAGUUUCCUAAAAGGGGAUUUUGGAAUGGGUUGGUUAUCAAUACUUCACAAAAAGACAAGUUACGAAUAAUACUAAAAAUAGAUAUCUUCCAACAUUCCGAACGCCAUGAAUAAUUAAUUACACCGACAUUGCAAGAAAACUUUCAAAGAUGAUUUUGAUUCUCUCAAGUAUGAAAAAACUCGAAUUCAUUAAGUACAACUAUGUACGUAGAACUCAUAAUUAGGAAUGGCAAUGGAGCAGGUCCGGGGCGAGUAUCUCGAUACCCAUACCCGCCCCAUGGCAGGUCGGGUCCAGGUCGGGUAAUUUAUCACGGGACGCGGGUCGGGGCAGGUCGACCCAUUAGGUAUGUAAUUUAUGUGAAAACAGUAGAAAUAUUCGUUCUUUUCAUUGAAAGACCAAGAAAGAAACCAUAAUAUGAUAAAAUGUAGUGAAAUUAUUGAAGAAAUUGAGGUUUUCACUUAUUUACAACUUUAUUAUAGCUAAAAUAUAAUGUAAUAAGAGGAAAAUCUUAAGUAAUUUGACUAAUAUUAUAUGUAAUUUAGGCAAGAACGGGUCGAGAAUGGGGCGGGUCAGGGCAGGUCGGGUUGAUGAGAGGUACCCAUGUCGCCCCCCCCCCCCCCCCCCCCCCCCCCCCCGGUCUACGAGACGGAUUUGACCCGCCGCAAAACAGGUGAAACAAGUCAGGUAAAUCGGGUCAAGUCCAAAUUGCCAUCUCUACUCAUAAUGGUGGCCAUGGCCUCACUUCUCAUGCCUUGUCCAUAUCGACGUUUGCCGGUUUCCCAUGUUCAUGGGGGCCUUAUAUCCCAUAUUCUUAUAUUCCCAGAAAACAAUAUUUCCACAUGUAUUUAUUUCUACCAUUUCUCAGCAAGAAAUGGACUAAUAAUGAUGUUAAUAUAAAAGAGUUUCUAGAACACAAGUACAACAAGCGUUUGUAGUCCAACGGUUAGGAUAAUUGCCUUCCAAGCAAUAGACCCGGGUUCGACUCCCGGCAGACGCAAUUCCUUUUCAAUUUUAACAAUGCGGCCUCUUUUAUUCUUUUUUUGGGCUAUGCAGCAACCCAACUUGCCCGGCCCACGGGCCCAGGAAGGAAGCGUCUAGAAGCCGCGGGUAAAACCAGUUCGUUGCAAAAUUAUCGGAGGCAAGCUCCCAGCAGCCGAUCAGACGGGAACUUUCUGGAAGAGCAAAGAGAGAGCGUGAGAGAAUCUCCGGCGAUCCGAUCAGAGAAAAAAUGGCGGAGCACUUGGCGUCGAUUUUCGGUACCGAGAAGGACAGGGUGAAUUGCCCCUUCUACUUCAAGAUCGGAGCUUGCCGCCAUGGCGACCGUUGCUCCAGGCUCCAUACCAAGCCCAGCGUCAGCCCCACACUCCUCCUCUCCAACAUGUACCAGCGGCCCGACAUGAUCACCCCUGGCGUCGACGCCGAAGGAAACCCUAUCCAUCCCCGCAAAAUCCAGCAACACUUCGAGGACUUCUAUGAAGAUCUAUUUGAGGAGUUGCACAAGUAUGGAGAGAUUGAGAGCCUGAAUGUUUGCGACAACCUUGCUGACCACAUGGUGGGAAACGUUUAUGUUCAGUUUAGUGAGGAAGAGCAGGCUGCUACUGCCUUGCGCAAACUGACUGGAAGGUUCUAUGCCGGGCGCCCCAUCAUUGCGGACUUCUCUCCAGUGACAGACUUCCGAGAGGCCACAUGCAGGCAAUACGAGGAGAACACUUGCAACCGUGGUGGUUAUUGCAACUUCAUGCAUCUUAAAAGGAUUGGCAGGGAAUUGAGGCGACAAUUGUAUGGGAGCUACAGAAGCAGGCACAGUCGUAGUAGGAGCAGAAGUAGGAGCCCCUACAGGCAUAGAAGCCAUGAAGAUCAUUACCAUAGGAGUAGUAGGAGAUAUGACGAUGAAAAGGAGCGGUAUCAUGAGAGCCGGAGUAGAAGGCACAAGACCACCAGCCCUGAUCACUGGAGGGAACGAAGUAGCAGUCCAGGAAGAGGGAGGCGCGAGAACCGAAGCCCUGUUAGGGAAGGUAGUGAAGAGAGAAGGGCAAGAAUUGAACAGUGGAACAGGGAAAGGGAAAGGGAACAUGGAUCGAGAGCCGAUCGUAAUAUUGAUUAUGGACACCAGGAUCAGGAUUCACACAAAGAUGUGGAGUAUGGCAAUUGAGGGGAUUCAGGGUGUCUCCGGUUUGUUUCUCUUCCUUGGGUUUAUUUGAUGUUGUGUUGUUUCUGGGUAGAAAUUGAGUAUUUGUUACUGUGCAGGUGGUUUUGCAGGUUUCAGAAUUCAUAUAUUUGCCUGUCAAACUUGUAAUUCUUAGUUCUUAACCAUUUGAUUAACAUAACAUGCAUGGCUGAGUUUCGAAAUAUUUGCUCUCUAACCAUAAAAAAACGACCGAUUAUCACGUACUGUUGGCAUUCUCAAUUUUCCAUGCUUGCAUUCCAUGUACAGCGAAGGAACUCUUCGAACACCGUUGUAGUGAGGCUAGUUGCUAGAACGCAAUCAGAAUCUGC